GGUGCUCAGGCCAGCCAGGCCCUGCUGCUUUUCAUGGGCAUCACCUACCUGGUGUCACCUUUUGGUGGCUGGUUGGCAGACGCCCUCCUGGGCAAGUUUGGCACCAUCCUGCUCAGCAUGGCCCUCUACCUGCUGGGCAUGCUGGCCUUCCCCGUCAUCGCUGCACCGCACACCCGCCAGGGCCUCUGUGGGGACAUCCCCUUGUUCCCUGUAGAGAACUGCUCCUCUCCGGCAGCCAACGCCACCAUGGCGCCUUGCUCCCAGGUGGGAGCCACCCGCUACUGUGCCACCGCCACCUUCGUCGGACUGGUCCUCGUGGGGCUGGGCGUCGGGUCGGUCAAGGCCAACAUCACCCCUUUUGGGGCAGACCAGGUCAAAGAUCGGGGUCCAGAAGCCACACGAAGAUUUUUUAAUUGGUUUUAUUGGAGCAUUAAUUUGGGAGCUAUUCUCUCUCUGGGAGGCAUUGCAUACAUUCAACAGAAUGUGAGCUUCGUUAUUGGAUAUAGUAUCCCAACGGUUUGCAUUGGGAUUUCAUUCAUGGUUUUCUUAUGUGGUCAGAGUUUCUUCAUCACAAAACCGCCUGAUGGUAGUGCCUUCACAGACAUGUUUAAAAUUCUUGCAUAUUCUUGUUGCUCAAGAAAGAGACAUGUGGAACGUUCAACUAACAGUGAAGGCCAGGGAGUACUUCAGCAACCUCGCAAGCAAAGCCUGUUUGAGAUGGCCAAGCUGUCUCAUGGGGGCCCAUUCAGAGAAGAUAAAGUAGAAGAUGUGAAAGCUCUUGUCAAGAUUAUCCCCGUCUUUUUGGCUUUAAUACCUUACUGGACAGUGUAUUUUCAAAUGCAGACAACAUAUGUAUUGCAAAGUCUCCAUCUGAAAAUUCCUGAAAUAUCAAAUGACACCAACUCUAUUCAUACGUUUCCAGCAGCCUGGUUGACUAUGUUUGAUGCAGUGCUUAUUCUGAUCCUAAUACCCUUAAAAGAUAAAUUGGUGGACCCCAUCUUAAAGAGGAAUGGCUUGCUCCCAUCCUCACUGAAGAGGAUUGCAGUUGGAAUGUUCUUUGUAAUGUGUUCUGCAUUUGCUGCAGGAAUUCUGGAAAGCAACAGACUGAAAAUUGUAAAGGUUAAAACAAUUAAUCAGACAAUUGGAAAUGUUACAUACCAUGCUGCAGAUUUGCCAAUAUGGUGGCAGAUUCCUCAAUAUGUGCUGAUUGGAUUCAGUGAAAUAUUUGCAAGUAUAGCAGGUCUAGAAUUUGCAUAUUCAGCUGCUCCCAAAUCUAUGCAGAGUGCUAUUAUGGGACUCUUUUUUUUCUUUUCGGGGAUUGGAUCAUUUGUUGGCUCUGGAUUGUUGGCACUGGUGUCUAUUAAAGAAAUUGGCUGGAUGAGUAAUCACACAGAUUUUGGUAAUAUUAAUGGCUGCCAAUUAAACUAUUAUUUUUUUUUGCUGGCUGCUAUCCAAGGAGCAACCCUCUUGCUUUUCCUUAUUGUUUCUGUGAAAUAUGAUCAUCAAAAAGCAAAGAUUAAUGAAGUGGCUGCCAAUGGGAGGAUCUGAUAUCUGUUACAGAGCAGACUUUAUUACAGCAGCACACAAUGAAGUGGCAGUGCGCCGUGAGUCUGCGAGAUCUUAUGUUUUCUCCAGUAAGACUCUUACUAGACUUGCAUGUUACAAGCGUUCUCGCCCCUGCCUCCUCUCGUGUAACGUAGGUAAGUGCCUUAUGUUGGCAGGGCUGAUUUCUUGCACUACGUCCUGGCGGAGGACAAACACAAAUCUUGGAAGUGUAUUAACUCUAGGCAUUCAAGUUGCUCUUUGUUAAUUGUGAGGUGUUUACUUAACUCUUGAAAGUUGGGACACUUACACUUGGAAAU